AUGUCACCACCAUCACACCGUGUGGUUGUGUGGGAGCAUGAAGCACCAGCUGUACGAAGCUGGCUGCCAUACAGCCCAGCCGUAACGCAGCUACUUGAGCGAGCAUAUGGCAAGAAUCUGACGCGAGUCCUGCUCAAGGAUGCGGAUCCAUCGCUCGCCCUGUACGAGGUGAACCUGGUGCAGAUGCAGCAGUCGGUGUCCGGUGCGAGUAGCGUGAAAAACGUCGCCGUCCGUCGUUGCCUGUACCCUGCCAGCUCACCAGCAGCCUUAGGGAUCAAGUGGGAAUGGCAGAGUGUUCUUGGCAAGGGCGGCUGGAAUCGCUAUCCCCUCGACAUUCAGUCACUGAUCGAGCAAGCCUGGUCGAAUGGUGAACCGAUGAUCGAUCUGGAGGAAACCGCGGUGGGCAAACCGUACCUGAUCGAUUUCACCUGCAUGACAUACCUCAACAAGUCAAACGGUACAGUGAAUCACGUUCGCCGGAAGAAGCAGGCCCCGUAUCCUUUGCUGAAGGUCGCGCUCCCUACGGACGCUAUCGCCUGCCAGCCUAUGGGCCAGAGUUCAGGUCAGGCUCAGCCUGCGCGGAGUAGUACGCAUGCUGGAGCGACGAGCCGAUCGCAUCGCAACACCUGCCACCAGCUGCCGGAUGCAGGAUACAUGCAGCAACAACCGCAGCAACCGCAACAGCAGGGAAAGCUCACGCAGAUACUCAGCAACAUCUUUGGCAGCAAGUCACAGCACACUCAGCAACUCACUGAUUAUCCCCAACAACAGCAGCAGCAGCAGCAACAGCAACAACCGCAGCCAUCGCUUGUGUUGAAGACAACACCAGGCCCAUCAACCUCUGCGAUAGGAUCACAGCACACGUCUAUCAACGGCCAGCAGUGCCACCAAGUCGCUAGCCAGCAAUCAAUCCAACAUAACCGCUUUGGAAUGUCCUCAGGAUCUCGGUCUGCGCAACUCCAUCACUGUAUGGUACCAGGGUUGGAGACGAUGCGAUCAUUGCAGUUGGAGCAAUCGGUGUCUUCCCACCGGCAACAGUUCAGCGGAGGCGGCAGUGACGCAGCGAGUAGUCAUAAAGGACGACGACCAAGCGUUGACACCGUUUCCACGUACUUGAGCCACGAAAGCCAAACCAGCAGCCGGCACCAUCUUGAUUCGUCUGAGUUCGAUGUGCUCAACUGCUCCAUGGGGAGUGAUGAGGUGUUCAUGCCAAGUAGUUUAGGUCAAACCGGCAGCCAGGAUCAACCCAGACACUCGUGUGUUCAACGACCACCGGAACCUGCACAUCCCGAUGACGUCCGGCAGCAGCAUGAGGCUCUGGUACGUGGAGCUCAUGGACCAGAUCCAUUCUCGCCUCUAUUGCCACUGGCCCAUGCAUCCAGUGACACGCUGGAGAUAGUCGGGAUGACGCGAGAGUCGAAAGCGAUUGCCAAAUUUGUCCACGUAGCUGAUCCGCCACGCUGGCCCCAUGCUCAGCCUUGUCCGAUGUGUUUGGAGGAGUUGCGUCCGGGCAAGCAGAAGGUUAAUGUGGCGCUGACGCGGUGCAAACAUCUGAUGCAUCUGGACUGUCUGAACAUGCUGCUGGUCAAGCAGCGUCGAGCUGCCUCACAGAAGAAUUACUAUAUUGAAUGUCCCACCUGCAUGUCGGUGUACGGAGUGAAGUUCGGAAACCAGCCCGUGGGGAGCAUGUCUUGGCAGCUACUACCUGGUGGCCUGCCAGGAUAUCCGCAGACAGGGAUCUACGAAAUCACUUACAACAUUAGUUCAGGUGUGCAAGGACCUCGUCAUCCCAACCCAGGGCUGGCCUUUUUUGCGGUUGGGUUUCCGCGCCGUUGCUAUUUGCCAAACACCACGCUCGGUGCGAAGAUCCUCUACUACCUGAGAGUGGCAUUCUACCGUGGUCUGCUGUUCACGAUUGGCCGUUCGGCGACUACCGGCAUCGAGGAUGUGGUGCUGUGGACUAGCGUCGAGCACAAGACUCAGAUAUCGAUGUAUCCCGAUCCGCAGUACCUCGAACGCUGCUUGCAACAGCUGGUCCAUCUGGGUGUUGCAGACUGA